UAAAAAAAAUUAAUCAUCUUUGUGGCAUUGUUUCUUUCAAAAAAUCAUUAUUAUUAUUAAUUUUGUUUUUUAUUUUGUCUCUCUCUCUUUACAAUGCAGAUAGUGAUCAGUACUAUAGAUGGCAAUGUCUAUCCAGUUGAUGUGAGCGAAGAGCUACCACUAAACGACCUCAAGGCUCUAUUAUCAAUGGAAACCAACAUACCACAAGGAUCCCUAAUCCUCUAUCACAACAUGCAAGAGCUGAGGGAAAGAGCUGAAGGAGAAAAUACCCUCACGUCUCUUGGCGUCCAGGAUAAGGAUAUUGUUGUGGUUGCUAAUCGUCAGGAUGUACAAGCCCCGCCCACCACUGGCCAGACUCAGACCCAGACUUCCGUACCGUCUGGAACAGGAACGGGAUUACCGAAUAUUGACUGGAGCUCUAUUAGCGUAUCCCAAUCAAGAGCUCAACCUGAUGCUGCCCCGCCUCCUUCCACUGAAGGGGGUCUGGAGAUGGGAUUGACCCCAUUAUCAGGAAUCCAGACUCCAGGGGGUCCAGAAUCUUUCAACCCCGAGACCCUCCUGCAACAUUUUCUAUCAAACCCCGAGGAGAUGAGUGUUCUAAGACAGCGUAGCCCUCAGUUAGCCGAAGCCAUUGCCACUGGAGACAUUAACAUAGUGAAGCAGGCAAUACUUUACCACAGGGAAGAAUUAAUUGAGCUAGAGAGAGAGAGACAGCAGUUAGAAGGAUUAGACCCAAUGAGUUCAGAAUACCAGGAAAGACUAGCCGAGAACAUUCGCCAAAGAAACAUAAGAGAGAACUUUGAAACGGCACUCGAGUAUAAUCCAGAGAUUGUCACCAGUCGGGUCAUUAUGCUUUAUGUACAAGUGAAAGUGAAUGGAGUCAGCGUGAAGGCUAUGGUGGACACUGGAGCACAGAUGACUAUCAUGAACACUAAAUGUGCUGAGAGAUGCAACGUAAUGAGACUAGUGGAUAGGAGAGGAGCAGGGAUAGCCGUGGGGGUAGGGAGACAAAGGAUUAUAGGAGUAGUGCAUAUGUGCCAGGUACAGGUUGGACAGGACUAUCUUGCUUCUUCCUUCAGGGUACUGGAGGAUCAGAGUCAUGAGCUAAUACUGGGGCUGGAUAUGCUUAAGAGACAUCAAUGUAUAGUUGAUUUGAGUAAAGGUGUACUGAGGGUUGGUACCACUGGAGCUGAGACACACUUCUUGUCUGAAAAAGAAGUUGAGGAACUCUCCAUGGCACAACAUAAGCAAGAAGAGAGAGGAAUCAUUGAAGAUGAAGACAGAGAGAUAGCCUCGUUGAUACAGCAAUCAGAACAAGAGUAUCAGGAGAGGACUGGUGAGGCUCCUCCUCCUUCUCCUCCCCCUCAGUUGGUUCCAGAGGAUGACAUACAGAGGGUGAUGAGUGCUGGGUUUACAAGAGAACAAGCCAUUGAAGGAUUGAGGGAGUGUGGAGGAGACACUCAAAGAACAAUCGCAGCUUUAUUAGCUAGAAUGUUUAGAUUUUGACUAAAGGUAUUGGAACUUAAUAGGUUUGUGCCAUUGUUUUGAAUUGUUGUUGAGUUAUGGCCGGCUCAUAAUAUUUCAGUUCUUAUUUAAUUCAUAUUCACUUUUUGUGUAUCAGUUAAUAGGAAA